AGGAUGAACCAGAGCAGGGGUGGACUGACAACUCAUGGGGCCCCCGGGCAAUAGGGCAUCAUGGGGCCCGUGUCCUUGCCCAAACUCAAAAAAGCCUAUGAAAAAAGGUACCAGGAGCAUCUCAUGGGGCCCCCUACUGACCCCGGACCCUCGGGCAGUGCCCGAGUUUCCAAAUGGUCAGUCCGCCCCUGAACCAGAGAAAUGUGAAAAAUGACAAUAUCAUUUCCUAUAGCAUAUCUGCAUAAAGAACUGAAUAUCACAUCUGUCUCAUGUCUAAGCCAUGUGGUCCAAGAAUAACUGUUAUUUCCUCCAAUUUAUCAACUAUUAUCUUUGCAGA